CGGCCCAUUAGACAGCGUGCAGGUAGAUAGGCCCUUCGAGGCCCAGUCCCCUUUUCUUAUUCCUUUUCUUUCUUCCGCCAUGCCGUCAAACUGUCCUUCAUUCUCGGGUAUCCGUCCUAUUUCUCUUGACCGCUUUGCCUAGAGCAUUUCCGUUCGUUCAAUAUUUUACCCAUUACGUCUUGGAAAGACUGGGUAGUUGGUUGGGUUUUCCGCCAACCGUACGUUCACUGCGUGCGCUUUCCAUUCUCAUCGACGGCUGAAACACUGGGCUGUCGUCUUCUGCUUUAAAUCAGCUUCGACAAAAGUCACUUCUCACCCGUCUCGUUGUGGCGGCAUUGAACAAACAACAGUAUUCCCUAUUGGGAUUUGUUUCAGCGACAUUUGACAUCAAACCCACUUGUCUCUAAGCGCAGCCCUCACAUACCACCAACAAGGCGCGGUCAGCAAGCAAUAUCCAUGUUUAUCUCGCCAUCAGGGGACAUGUCCCUCGCACGGCAGGUCAUCGAGCCCCGUGAUGCCCACUCAUCGGACUCGUCCGAGGUGCCGCUGUGGGCCUUCGUCGUCAUGACCGUCUUUUCCCUGUUUCUCAUGGCCUUUGUCUGCCUCCUGCUCUGGCGGCCAGACCUUUUCAGGUCCCUUCAGGCAUCAUCUUCUCGAGAUUCGCACAGCAACGAAAAGCCAGGGGACGGACAGUGGCAGGGGCAGUGCGAGUGCGCCAGGGGCAACAGCGUCCGCAGGCCUUGGUUCCGGUCAGGAGGCAGCUUCAGGAGCAACAUCAACCGCUGGCGCAGCGGCGUCGACAGCCGCCCGCCGCCCGCCGCCCCCACCGAAGCCCCCACCGAGGUUUACGACGACGAGCCGGCGAACAACAACUACGCACCCGCCCCUGCUAGGCCUGUAUCGUACAUGCAGCGCAUACCAGAGGGAUACGAGCAAUACGACCAGCACGCGCCAUACGGCAACAUAAAGCCUGCCAGUGUGGUAGACCAAAGGAUUUGAAGACAUUGGAGCUCGCUCGAUGGGAGGUGGGUAGUCGUCCAGGCAGCCUUCCACGAUGUCGACAAACGGCACCGAUAGUCCUGGCAUUGCCGACCCUGGGACGCAAAAGGAAAGGAAAUACAGCGACAUGGCGGGUUCUUGCAAGGUGGUUGGACGCCGAUAUGAGAAAGAGCCCUAAUGUAUAGCCCAUCCCGGAUGGCCCUUAGAUGAUCUAACCAAAGUAGCGGACAGCUUUGUUGACAAGGUAAUGAUGUUGAUAUAUGUUAUGGACAACAAUGGCCAAACAAGCCAAACCGACCGGAUAGUGCAUGUG